UCGCACGGCUGCACCCACCACUGCUCCGUGGAGAGAUACGAACCCGAGCGUGACGAGUGGGCUCUGGUGGCACCCAUGGGGACGCGGCGGAUCGGGGUGGGGGUGGCGGUAUACGAACCCGAACGUGACGAGUGGGCUCUGGUGGCCCCGAUGGGGACGCGGCGGAUCGGGAUACGAACCCGAACAUACGAACCCGAGCGUGACGAGUGGGCGCUGGUGGCCCCCAUGGGGACGCGGCGGAUCGGGGUGGGGGUGGCAGUGUCACUCCUCUGUGGAUGUUCUGGGGUUUUUUUGGGGUAUUUGUAGGUUUUUAGGGUUUUUGGGGUUUUUUGGGGGGUCCUGAUCCCACUCUCCCCCCAGAUACGAACCCGAACGUGACGAGUGGGCUCUGGUGGCACCCAUGGGGACGCGGCGGAUCGGGGUGGGGGUUGC